AUGCAUGCAAAUUCAGAAUUCAAAGAAAAAUAUAUUGAGCACAUGCAAGAUUACAUUGAUAAAAAACUCGUUGAAGUUGUCUCAGAAACACAUAAUGAGGAACGUUUAUAUUACUUGUCCCAUCAAGCUGUAAAGAAAAUCACAAAUGGAGAAACUAAGUGGCGUAUAGUUUUUGAUGCAUCUUCACAUUCUCCAGGUCACCCAUAUUUGAACGACGCUCUUGAAGUAGGACCAAAUCUUCUUCCUGAUAUCUUAGCCACAUUGUUGAGAUUUCGACUUUCUAUAAUAGCAAUCACUAGUGAUGGGCGACAAGCAUUUCUGCAGCUGAUUCUAGCAGAAGAAGACAGAGAUGCAACACGAUUUAUUUGGUACAAUACUACAUAUACUCCUGAUGGGACACUCUGCACUGAAGAUAACAUUGUAACUUACCGAUUCACACGUCUUCCAUUUCGACUUGUCUCUAGUCCAUUUUUAUUAGCAGCUUCUCUUCGUGAAUUGUCUACAAAACACAAACAAGCAUAUCCUACAGCAACUAGACACGUUUAG